AUGGCCGGCUGUCGGGGCCGCGCUUCGCCGCCGCGCCAUGGCCCUCCUGUCGGGGCCACGCAUCGACCUCACCCGUGGCACGGCGUGGCGAGGCUGGCCGGGGCGGGGCGCCCCGCGUCGAGGCCUCGAGGGCGGCUGCGGCAAGGCCCGCCGGGGCGGGGCGGGGUGCAGCCAGGGCGGAGCGCGGCGGGGGCGGCCAGGGCGGGCGCCGCGCGACGAGGUCCGCCGGGGCGGGCGCAGCAUGGCCACGGCGAGGGCGGCCAGGCCGAGGCCUCUGUGGCAGCAGCGAGGAGGCGGGAUGCGGCGGCCGCACAUGAGAGGCCGCACCCGGUGGCCGAUGAUAAGGCAUAG